AUGCAGCUCCCGAGCGCCGCGCCGCGCCACGUAGAGUCCACGCGCGAGCUGAUAGGCGAGCCGACGUGGCGGUGUUGGCCGGCGGACUCAGCGCACUGGUACUCGAUCGGCCUGCUCCGCCCCUGGGUUAGCGAGUCGCUCCCGCCCGACGAGUGCGAGCGGCGCAUCACCGCCCACUUUGAGGCGGGCGCGCACCGCGAGUACCGCGAGCCCAACAAGACGGACCCCAGGCGCUGGCAGUUCGACGAUGGCUCGGCGGUUCCGCUCGGCGGCAAGGCGACGCUGCAGGGCUCGGCGGCGUGGCGGAUCUGGGGGCUGCGAGGCUACCGGCUGCUCCCGGACGGCGGCGCGCACGGCCGCGACGGCAGCCUCGUGCCCGAGGCCAGCCUGGCGCAGAUCGCAAAGGAGGAGCUGCUGCCGUGGCCCGGCGCGGCCCUCGACUGGCGGCCCUCGGAGGCGGACGCGGAGUGCUGGUUCCGCCCCCUCGACCAGGACACGGCGGCGGCGCUCUUGCGGCUGCAAACGGACACUCGCGUCGGGCGCGUGGUGUGGCACCUCGCGCCGACGGGCCCCCGCGCGAUGGUCGUCGUCGGCCACGCGCAGUGGGGAGGCGGCACUGUCACUGAUUGCACUGUCAAGAGCGGGCUGCGGCUCAAGGCGCUGCCGACGGCGGGCGAGCUCGCGGGGACUUGCGCCGCGCUGCCCCCUCUUCCAGAGGCGGAGCAGCUGACUGCAGACGUCAUCGCGCCCGUCUCGCACGUCCUCGCCUUCAACGCGCUGCUCGACGUGGCGUGGUGCCGGCUGAACCCGCCGCCGAGCGGCCUAGCAGCGGGCGCCGAGACCGUCGCUUCGCCGUGCGACUUGGGUGCGGGUGCCAAGCGCCAGCGGCUCGGCACCGGUGAGUCCGCGCCGCGCUCGCUGCCGCCGAGUGAGGUGCCGGGCCGCCGCGCCGAGGUGCUGGAGGGUCUACGCCGCGUGCUUCGCUUUGUGGAUCAGAGCCCGGAGGAGUUCUGGCUCAAGUACGGGCCAGCCGGACCGUUCCCCUUCCCUGAGCAGCUGGCUGCAUUGACGGCGGAGCGGGGGGGGCUGUUUCAGCGGGCGGCGCCGUCACACGGGCGCGUGUAA